ACCAACUAGUAUUCAGUUUACUUUCUGACUGAAGGCAUUACAAUUAUUUAAUGGUUGUGUUCGUCACAAGCAACAACAUGAGGAAUCGCAGUUUGUGGUACAAAAAUCAGUGAUUGUACUCCAAAAGUGCGCAGUGUUGUUUAGUAUGUGUUUUGACUAGUAUACUUAGUUACAGGAUUAUAACUUUAUUUUCAAAAAAAUAAUAAACACAAAAAUGGUUACCUUACCAUUAAUUACCUUAAUGGCUGUGAUAAACGCGUGUACCUGCGCUAAUAUUUUAAUGAUAACAAUGGGUGGCACAAAGUCUCACAAAAUUCCCUUUUGGGAAUUGGCCCGAGGACUCAUCCCCAGAGGCCACAAUGUUACAUUCAUCAGCGCGUUUCCAUCUGACUUCCUGUUGCCCGGCCUCGAGGAAAUCACCCCAACGAGUUUCGUCUUCUACGUGAAGAAUUUCACCAACUGGGAUUUAGUCGGGGCUAAGAUCAGGGGCGAGGAACCGGUUCACCCCUUCGACAUGGUCCGCUACGCUUACGAGGCUUGUGAUGUACUUCUUUCAGAUCCGGAAACAAAAGACCUGCUGUAUUCCCAGCAGAAUUUCGACCUUUUGGUCCUCGAUGGGGCCUACCCGGAGUGCGCUUUGGGGUUCGUGAAUCACUACAACGCGCCUUUUAUCUACAUUAACACAGUUGGGUUCUACACCGGAUCGCUGUCUCUGGCCGGUAAUCCUACUCCUUAUUCGGUGACACCGUUUCUUGCAAGGCCAUUUACCGACUCGAUGAAUUUACUCCAAAGGACUAUAAACACAGUUUGGCACUUGUUGGCCAACUCAUUGCACUCUUUCAUGGUCAGAAAUAUGAUACAACCCGUCGUCAGAAAACAUUUCGGGCCUGAUGUGCCUUUGGUCUACGAUAUUUCCAGAAAUGUUAGCUUUAUUUUGCAAAAUGCACACGCUACGGUCACUUAUCCCAGACCUUAUUUGCCUAACGUGGCGGAAAUUGCGUGCAUACAUUGCAAAAGGGCUAAAGCUCUGCCUGAUGAUUUGGAGGAGUUCAUUCAAGGCAGCGGCAGCGCCGGAUUCAUCUACUUCAGCAUGGGGUCUUCUGUAAAAGCUGCCAACAUGCCGGAAUACCUCCGGAGGAUGCUGAUGCGCGUCUUCCGGCAACUCCCACAACGCGUCCUCUGGAAAUACGAAGCCGACGAGGAAAUGCCCGACCUUCCCGCCAACGUCAAACUCGGCCGAUGGCUACCACAACAAGACAUUUUAGGUCAUCCAAAAAUUCGAGCAUUCGUUACCCACGGAGGUCUACUAAGUAUGUUCGAAACGGUGUACCAUGGAGUACCAGUCGUUUCACUGCCCGUUUUUUGUGACCACGAUUCUAACGCUGCUAAAGCUGAAACCGAUGGUUACGCUUUGAAACUCGAUUUGAGCAAAAUCACCGCAGAAUCACUAGUUUGGGCCAUAAAGAAAGUCAUAUACGAUCCGAAAUAUCGGGAAGAUGUGAAAAAGAGACAGCUUUUGUUGAGAGACCAGAAAGAAACACCGCUGGAAAGAGCGGUUUAUUGGACAGAGUAUGUUUUAAGGCACAAAGGGGCCACUCAUCUUCAAUCUCCCGCCAGAAACAUGGGAGUUGUAGAGUAUUAUUUAAUUGAUAUAGCUUUUGCAGCGUUUUGUUGUACAUUUAUUAUUUGGUAUCUAAUGAAAUUGAUUUUGAAAAUUAUUGUUAUGAUCUUGACAGGCAGUUUAAGCUUUAAUUUAUUUAGGAAAAAAAUUAAAAUAGAAUAGCUAUUAAACGAGUGUAAAUAUGUUUGUAUAAUAAUCACUGAGUUUUAUUACUUGCAAGGAUAUUAAAAAAGUACCAACUUGUCCAUUAUUUAAAAACAAAAUACAGUUUUAAAAAAAUCGUUUUAUUACAUUGAUUAAACUCAAAAUUGUGUCUAAAAAAGGUGAAUUUUUACUGUUUUUAAUUUUAAGUCAACCUGUGAAGACAUAAAAACGAUGUAACGAGAAAAAUAAAUAUUUAUUAUGUAUAAUA